CACCCUCAACCCCUAAUCUCUUUCUCUCUCUUCUUCUUCUCUCUCAGGGAGGAAACAGCUCAAGCGGAAAAUCCAAUCCUCCGCUGCAAAUUGAAGCUCCAAUCUUCAAUUCCACUAUCCAGCUUGCUUAGACCCGAUUCGAAUCGGAAAAUCAACGCGAAACAUGUCUCAUUCAGUGUUCCAAACGGCGCAGAUUAUGCCCCUCGCGCCAACGACCAAAUCCCUAUCGUCCAAGCCGCUGCAGCCGAUUUCAACCGUCUCCCUGCGUUUAUCGCCGCCGCCGCUCGCCGGGAGGCGGCGGAGGCGUUAUUUUGCGAUUGUCGCUUCGUCUUCUUCGCUGGUGGACGGCGACACGAAUGCGCACCUUGAGCGAUGCUUUCAGGCGUCUCCGGAUGCUCCGUCGUCGAGCUCCGUGGAAUUUGGCCCCACUAUGAAGGGCGGGCAGUACGGGGCGUUUGGAGCUGUUACCUUGGAGAAAUCGAAGCUCGAUAUGACGAAGAAGGAAACUAAGUCUAGUCCUCAGAUUGACACUGGGGGUGGAGGUGGCAAUCAGGGGAAGGGUCUUAGUCACGGAGGUGGUGAUGGAGGCGAUGAUGGUGGCGAUGAUGAUGAUUACUUUGAUGAUUUUGAUGAGGGUGAUGAGGGAGACGAGGGUGGGCCAUUUAGGAGAAGGAUCAUUCUUGGGGAGUUGUUUGACAGGAAAUUUGUUGAUGCUGUAUUAAAUGAGUGGCAAAAGACGAUUAUGGAUUUGCCUGCUGGGUUACGUCAAGCUUAUGAAAUGGGUAUGGUUAGUUCUGCUCAAUUGGUUAAGUUUCUUGCAAUCAAUGCCAGGCCAACCACGGCAAGGUUCAUAUCACGGUCUCUUCCCCAAGGACUGUCUAGAGCAUUUAUUGGCAGGAUGAUUGCCGAUCCAGCAUUUAUGCUGAGGAUGCUUCUUGAGCAGGGAAGUACAAUUGGUUGCUCUGUUUUGUGGGAGAUCCAGAAUCGAAAAGAGAGAAUAAAGCAAGAAUGGGAUCUUGCCCUCAUCAACGUGCUCACAGUGACAGCUUGCAAUGCAAUUGUUGUUUGGUCCCUUGCCCCUUGUCGUUCAUAUGGAACUACCUUCCAAACUGAUUUGCAGAAUACUCUGCAAAAGCUCCCAAACAAUAUUUUUGAAAGUAGCUAUAGAUAUAGAGAGUUUGACAUCCAAAAGAGACUUCUAUCAUUCCUUUACAGAGCUGCAGAGCUAAGUAUGGUAGGAUUUACGGCUGGAGCUGCACAGGGUGCUCUAUCAAAUUUUGUUGCCAGGAAAAAGGAGGGAAGGUUAUCAGUGAGCGUUCCAUCUGUUAGCACCAAUGCACUCGGUUAUGGAGCCUUCCUUGGUCUUUAUGCUAAUCUGCGGUAUCAACUCUUAUGCGGUUUUGAGAGAGCUACAACCAGUUACUUUGAUGUCAUUGGAGUAGCUCUGUUCUUCAGCACUGCUUUGAGGGUCCUGAAUGUUCAAGUGGGAGAGUCGUCUAGAUUGGCAUGGCUGGGUGUCGAAGCGGAUCCAUUGGUUCACUCGGAGGAUCUCCUGAAAGCUUACAACAGACCUUCAGAAGGUGCCAACCAGUCUUCUUCCAAAUGGUUCAUAUCCAAGAAUGCCAUUGUCUCUGGACUCGGGCUUCUUGGGAUCAGACAAGGGCAACCCGACUCUAAAGUGGAGGGCGAUGCACCUGCGCCCAAGGCCAGAAGGAAGAGAAUUGUCAAAAGGAAGGUGGCAACAAGUUGAACCGUGGGCUUCAAUAUCCGGCUACUAUAUCAAUGAAAAUGCUCAGUACGGCAUGUGGUUAAAGAGCUAGUAAGGUUGAGGCGUGCCGGACAAAGCAUUGAACAGUUUUGAUGGUUCUCGGGAAAGGCUCUAGCGCCAUUUUUAUCGAUUCUUUUCCUAAUUUUGGCCUCUCUAGCAAAUUUAGCAUAAUAAUUGGGAAUAUUGCAGAUUCAACUUGUGUAAGGAAGUUUGAUGCUUGUUUCACUUGUACUAUCUUAAAAAUGUUCAAAUAUGAUUCUAAUAAUUGCGAAUUAGCUUCAUCUUUUUGUU